UCUCUCCUGGAAAAGGUCGUGUGGCAGCCUAGGAAGAAGGAAUAUUGAUGGAGAAGCCCUGAUGGGUGACAGCACCCACCUGACAGCAACGUUUAUCCCCUUGCCUGAGGCUGCAAGACCUGAUUCUGUUUGUGUGCGAGCAUGAUAUGAAAUAAAAAAUCAGUAAAACGAGGGCAGAAAGGUUCUCUGGCAGCCCUUGUGGGCAGCACAGCCCCUGUGGGGUUUGGGAUUCACAUUCCCACGCGUGUCCCCAGCUGAGGGGAGCGCUGUGGCCACACCGGAGCUGUGUUGUGCUGCCGGCACAGUUGCUUGGAAAAAGAAGAAAAAAAAAAACAAACUAAACAAAUCGAAGAGGAAAAGCUCACCCAGGCAGGCAGCAGCAGGCUCCGGUGUGGCCGAGGUUUCCAAGGCUACUGCAGCCACACUGCCGGGCGGGACAGCCGCUUUGGGGGUCAUUUUGUACAAUUUUUAGUGUUUGAGUUGGGAGAGCCACUCGUGGCUCAGGUUGUGAGUUGGGGGAAAGAAAUUUCUGACUGAGGACUUCACUGUUUGGUGCAAACCUUGUGAGUGCAGGGUCGGGCAAUGCGAGCUUUCCUAAAGGGCUCCGAGGGGUGUUUCCAGCUGAAAGGCGACACCACCACCAUCGGGAGCCGCACAGGGGCCGACAUCGUCCUGCAGGGUGCAGGUGUAGCAGAUCGCCAUGCAGCGCUGGAAUUCUGCACCUCGGACAACAGCUUCAUCCUGCGGGACUUCAACUCUCCCCACGGCACCUUUGUCAACAGCUGCCAGGUCCAAAACGCGGCCGUCAGGGUGAGGCCGGGGGAUAUCCUGAGCUUCGGCACCGCGGGAGCGUCCUUCGAGCUGGUGCUGGAUGGGGCUGCCCAGGUGUCCUGUCCCCCCUUGAAACGUCGUGUAGGGUGGAGUGGGCAGCUCCAGGUGGUUGCAGAGCCCAAAGCCUGCACUCCUGCAUCUCCUCCGUGCCUGCCCUUGCUGCAGUGGCAGCUUCCCCCCGGCUCCCUGGGCAGGGGGGCCCCCAGAGCCCCCGGCCACACGCCCCAGCUGGAGCUGCCAAGGCGACCUGUGAGUGCCCGGGACAGGAGCACGGCCAGUGCCACCUCUCUGCACACCUGCAGCAGGACCUCUGCCCUGAGACCAGUCUCAGCCAGCUUCUCUGGUGUUGGUGCAAGCAGUGUGGGGAGAGCCCCUGCCCUAGGGACUCACAAGGUGGAUCUCCUCCUGCAGGAGAAGCAGGGUGAGAAGCUGCUGGAGAAGGAAAUGGGUCACGUUUUUGGUUUAGAAACAGAGUUAAAGGGAAAGGAUGUGGUGAUAAGAGACAUACAGGAGGAGAUCGCAGCCAUGGCAAAGAAACUGGCCCAGGCAGCAGUGAGGAACGAGGAUGAGCUCACCCAGAAGCUGCUCACCUUCAACAGAGAGCUGGGAGCCCAAACAGAGGAGAUCAAAGCCCUGAGGGAACAGAUCAGUGACCUGCAGAAAGGCUCAAACCAAGUUUUCAGCAAUUUCCUCCAUGAAAGGGACCUGGAGAUCGGGAGACUGCGGAGAGAAAGUGAGAAGUUGAAGAGGGACCAGGCCUUGACUGCAGGUCUGGUGAGCAACAUGCGAAGGGAGCUCCUGCAAAAGGAGCAGAAAAUCCAGAAACUCCAGCAAGAGACUGAAAAACUGAAUAAGGAAAACCGAGAGAAGGACAAUCAGCUGGCUGUGGUUUCAGCCAAGUGCUCGAGAAUUAAAGAAGAAACAAAGUGUGAACUCGGAGAGCAAGAGCUAAUCUCCUGCAGAAAUCGCAUAGAGGAGCUGGAGCAGGACCUGCAGGGGCUGCAGGAGGAGAUCCAGAAGCAUGAGAGCAUCCAAAAGCAACUGGCUGAGAAAGCCAAGGCAGAGGAGGAACUGAAGGCAGCCUGGUCUCGGCAGGCGGGGCAGCUGCGGGAGGCGGAGCGCAGGGAGCGCCUGCUGCGCUCUGCCCUGCAGCGAGCCGGGGAGCAGCUGGAGUCCUUCAAGACCCAAGUGAUGCAAGUCUGUUCUCCAUCAGCAGCUGGCAGCACAGGGAAAUCUGUAACAGAGCAGCAGGUGAUAGAGAAGGUCAGGCAGAUCUCUGAUGAAAACCAACAGAGUCAUGAGAGAGAGAGGAGUCUGCAGGAGGAAUUAAGCUCCAGGCUGGCAAAGGAGAAGGAGGUGUCUGCAGACAUCGAGGCGUUCAAGAACUCCCUGCAGAAGCUCCAGGCUUGCCUGAGGAGCCCCUGCAGCAGUGCCAGCCUGCGAGGGGAGCUGGGGCAGCUGGAGGUGCUGUGCCUGGGUCCCUCUGUCUCGGCCAUCAGGACAACAGUGCUGGACAUGGCACGUGGCCCCCUGUCCUGGCUGGAGGCUGCAGAGCAGCUCCUGGACAGUGCAGGGAUGGAGCUGCACACCUCUGGCAAAGGGCUGUUGGCCGCUCUCAGGAGCUUCUCGGAAAAGAGUCAGGAGAUGGCACAGAGGAAUCAGAUGCUGCAGGAGCAAUUAGAGAAGCUCCAGGAGCUGCAGGCAGAGCUGCUGCAGGAGCACACGAAGGAGCUGGAAGCAAAACAUGAGCAAGACUUACAGAUAAAAAUCCAGCAAAUUAUCCUGGAAAAGGACAAGGAGAGCAAACAGAUUCUGGAAAGUGCUGUCACCGAGGAGAAGGACAAGUGCAAGAAAUGUGUGGAGGAAGAACAGAAGAAGAUAAAAGAGUUGGAAAGCCACCUCAGAAGCAUGGCUGAGGCAACAGCAAAGAAGGCAGAGGAGCAGGAAAUGACAGAGGGAAAACUGAGAGAAGCUUUGCACGAGCUGAAGAAAAUCGCUGCACAAGAGGCAAUGUUACAGCAGCAGGUGCUUCAGCAGGACCAGCAGCUCAGGGCUGCCCAGGAGGAAAAUGAGUUACAGAAGCAGAAACUGCAAGAAGAAGUUGCAGGAUACAGGGAGCAAAGCAAGCAGCAUUCCCUGACCAUCUUGGCUUUGGAGGACAGGCUGCUGGAGGCCACUCAGCAGCUGGAAGUGCUGGAGGAGGAAAAGGCAGCACUUGGGGAAAAAAUGGAAGGACUUCAGUGUGAUGCCCACAGGUCAGCAUCGGGAGCUUGGCUGCAGAUUUGUCCUGCCAUGGAGUCUCAUGUUUGUCUGGGGAAACUGCAGGAGGAGCUGGCAGUGGCGCAGGGCACGCUCCUGGAGAAGCAGGCAGUCAUCAGCAGGCUCAGCAGGGAGCUGGCAGAAACCAGAGCCAGGAUGUCGGACAUGAGAGGGGAGCUGAGGGAAGAGCAGAAGGUGGAGCUGGAGCACAGCCAGAGGCAGCUGAAACACCGGGAGCGGGAAGUGAGCCAGCUCAGGGAGAAGCUAUCCGAGAUGUCCAGCCUUGUGGAGGAGAAGGAUCGGGCCCUGAAAGCAGCAGCUGAAGAGUUGAGCCAAGCCCAAAGACCCUGCCCUCUGAGGGAUGCUUCCCAGCAAACACUGGAGACCCCAGAGGAUGCUCCCAGGACACCAGUGCAGCUUGCCGAGCUGUGGGUGCUGGCUGUGCAGGAGCCACCAUCAGACUUGGCUGAGCUUGGUGUAAAAUGCCGAGGGCUCAGGCAUGAGGAAACCAUCCAACGCCAAAAGGAAGGGUUGGCCGAGCUCAGGGAGAGAGUGAAGAUGUUGGAGAAGAGACAGUGCUCAGGUGCUGUGAAGAGCAAUUCCGAGCCCCUGGUAGUCUGGAGGAAAGACUUCCCAGAGAAAAUGGUCCAACAAAGAGGUCUUGAGCUGGAACCUGCACCUGUGUCAGGAGAAAAACUCAAGGCUGGCAAAGUUCCUGCUGGGGGCUCGUUCAGCAUCACCAACAGCACAGUGAGCUUGGACAAGGCUGAGGCAGCAGGCUUGGGUGAGCAGAUGUACCUUGAUGUAAUCGGUGCUCUGGGAAGCCUGAUGGAGAUGAAGGAGCUGUCAGGAAUGCAGCCUCUGAAGCACCUUCCUCAGGAGAAGAGGGCAGAAGUAGGACUGCAGAGACAAGAGGCCCUGGAGCUGUUGUACAAAAAGAUCAGGAACCUCCAGGUUCACUUGAAAAGGAAAGAAGAAACGCUGAAAGAUUAUGAGGGAAGUGUGGAGCAGCUCAGGGCCACAGAACAAAAGUCAAAUGUCAAGAGGGGAAAGGUCCUCCCAGUUUUGUGCAGUGGUACCUUCUGCAGCCUCAGGCAGAGCCAAGAUGCCCUGCAGAGGUGCCAGGAGGAUCUGUCCAAGCUGCAGGAUGAAGCCCACAGGGAGGCAGAGGAGAAGGCUCUGCUGCAAGAGGCUCUGCGGAGGCUGCAGCUCCAGCUGGGCCAGGAGAGGAGGCUGCGGCAAGCGGGCAAACGGCACAAGCCUGGAGCCACAAAGCCUCUCUGCUCGGGCAAGCCAAAGGCCAAGGAGCGCGUGGCAGAUGCUGUCAGAUCGGGGAGCUCAUAGGAGCACCACGGGGACCUCUGGUGCUGGUCUGCAGUAGGAACAGGACAUGGCUGUGGGCUCUGAGGGUGGAGGGGGCCUGAGGUGCAUUUUGAGGAGCUCCAGUUUGUAUCCCGUAGCUCCUGGGCCUGUCGCUGUAGGACACGAACAAAAGACUAUAGACUCCAAAUAUUUCAGAAGGCAAAAGGCUUAAAAAGACUUUAAUUAUCUAAUUUUAUAAGGUGUUCCAAUACAGACUUAACACAAUUGGUGAACAGGACUGACACCUCCCCAAUCCCAUUGGUCAAACUAGAGAAACAGCCAAAAUGUUUUUCUCUAAGAACCAGAAAGCAACACACCACCUGGAGAAAAAUUGUUUCGGGAAAGGAUAGUUGUUUUGCCAAGAUUGUUCUGGGAAGAAGCUUUCCUAAGGAACUUUUCCCUUGGGAAAGGAGUUAGCAGCUACCAGCUGGCUAAAAUCUCUCAGGCCCAAGAACAUCAGGCCCACAUGGGCCCACUGGUGCCACUGUACAAUGUAGGAUCUUCUUUUCCCACAGUCCACAUCCCAUAGAGUUGGCAGGAUCUGUGACAGUGGAAAACGUGAUGAGGAUACAGUUCAGUGUACACAUGUGUGUGUAUAUUUACACGUGUGAAUACAGCCCAGUGAUGUGUGAACUCAGUGUGGGGGAUGUGUCCUGUCCUUGCUGAAAUGGCCUCAAGCACAUGGAGCCAACAUGGCUGGAAUUAUCCCUUGCAGCUCCUGUGUCCUCUAAUCCCCAUCGUGUCACUGGGAAACUGGAACGUAAGGCACGAUGUAGUACAGAGUUCUGGAAUUCCUGGAACUUCCCAGGAGUGCUGGACCUGCCAGCUGGGAAGGGGGAAGAAGAGGAGCUAUGUUAGCCACACCAGCACAGCAGCAGCAGCGUGAGGACAGGCUGGGGAGAAGAGGGCCAUGUGCUGGUGGGUGGGGUGAUGGCACAGGCUCACUCACUCAUUGCUGUCAUUAGCAAGAGUGAGAGCAGCCCCUGGAUUUUGGGGAGCAGCAGUGUUUUGGGGACCCUGUCCCUGCAGGCAAAGGGCAGCUCCAGCACACCCUCCCUUCAGUCUCUCCACCUCGGCACUGCUCAGAGAGGAAUCUGUGUGCCGAGUCCUCUGCAGACCUCUUCAGCUGAGGAUAAUUUGGAUGUGAGCAAAGCCCCGCU